AAAUAAACGAAACAAAUAGCGGCCACCAUGAUGCCACGUGUAUAUUAAACCACGUGACAUUCCUACGUGGCACCUGCAUUUCAUUGAAAAUGAUACGAUCCAACGAAGACAACACAUUAGGUCACUGAUUCUUUCGCUCUUCAAAAAUCAAAAUUUUCUCUCUCACCAAACAGAAACCGCCACAAAAAAGUUUUGAAAUUAAAACUUCACUGAGUUUUCUAUUUUUUUUGGUGGGAAAAUCACCAUGAAUGGUGAGGGGUGUGAAACAUUGCAAAGAGUGAAUGAGAAAUUGGUUUACAUGUGGGGUUAUCUACCAGGAGCUUUACCGCAAAGGACGCCUCUUUUGACGCCGGUUCAAGUUAGGGUUCCGCCGUCUUGUUACAGCUGGAAGGAUGUUUCCGGUGGUGGUUGUGGAUUCGCCAUGGCUAUUUCUGAGCCAGGAAAGCUCAUAACAUGGGGUUCGACAGAUGAUCUAGGUCAAAGCUAUGUGACGUCUGGCAAACACGGGGAAAUUCCAGAGCCUUUUCCUCUUCCAAGUGAAGUGUCUAUUGUAAAAGCUGCUUCUGGGUGGGCACAUUGUGUUGCUGCAACGGAUUGUGGAGAAGUUUACACAUGGGGAUGGAAGGAAUGUAUUCCUUCUGGGAAGAUAUUUGGUGAACCUUUGACAGGGGUAAGUCCCGAAAAAGAUGUACAAGGAAGGCAGAGUCCAUUCUUGACAGAGCAAGUGAGCCGUCAUUCUCAAGUCUCAAAAUCCACACGAGGAACUGUUUCUAGUGGAGAAGAAAGUACUAAGAGAAGGAAAGUAUCUUCAGCAAAGCAAACAGCUGAAACCCCAUCAUCUGGUGAUGAUAUUCUAACAGCAAUGCCGUGUCUUGUCACUCUAAAUCCAGGGGUAAGGAUAGCAAGUGUUGCUGCCGGUGGGCGUCAUACCCUAGCUUUGUCAGAUAUAGGACAGGUGUGGGGCUGGGGCUAUGGAGGUGAAGGGCAGCUUGGUCUGGGUUCCAGAAUACGUAUGGUAUCCUCUCCUCACCUUGUUCCUUGUAUUGAUUCCUCUUCUUAUGGCAAAGAUUUAUCAACAUCACUGGCUCAAGGAAGCAUGAGUUCAGAGGGACAAAAUUUCAGGAUUCCUGGAAGUUAUAUAAAGAGCAUUGCCUGUGGAGGUCGACAUAGUGCAGUAAUCACAGAUGCUGGAGCGGUGCUUGCGUUUGGUUGGGGACUUUAUGGACAGUGCGGGCAAGGAAGUACCGACGAUGAACUAAGUCCGAUUUGCGUAUCUUCCUUAUUGGGUAUUCGAAUAGACGGAGUUGCUGCAGGUCUGUGGCAUACUGUCUGUACAUCUGCUGAUGGUGAUGUAUACGCAUUUGGUGGAAACCAGUUUGGGCAGCUGGGAACCGGUGAUGAUCAAGCUGAGACUCUACCAAGACUACUGGAUUGUCCGAGCUUGGAAAAUAUAAAUGUAAAGACCGUAUCUUGUGGGGCUCGUCACACUGCACUAGUAACAGAUAAUGGAAAAGUCUUCUGCUGGGGAUGGAACAAGUAUGGACAGCUGGGCCUUGGGGACAUCAUUGACCGCAACGUUCCUUCCGAAGUCACAAUUGAAGGUUGUGUAGCUAAAAACGUUGCAUGUGGUUGGUGGCACACUCUUCUUUUGGCAGAGUCACCCACUUGAUGUCAUGCUUCCUCAAGGCUGUGAACCCAAUUUUGUUAGCUAGCUGUUCUUUUUAUUGGUCAAAGGGUAAUUAAUCACUAAGUCAUGUAUAUGUACAUACAAUAGUGGAAUAAUUAUGCAAAUAUGUUUGUAUUGUAUUCUUUCAUGGUGUGAAUUACCAUGACUGGCUCUAGCUUUUAACAACAUCGAUAGUAUGUAUAUUUGGGAAGGAAAUUUUGGGUCCUUCCCAUCUAUGUAACUUUAUAUUUCAAAGUGUAAUAUGUAGUUUUAUAGUAGUAAAUUAAAUAUCCUGUAGGUUGGUAA